AUGUUCAUAUCUGUUCAUAUACCUAUCUAUCUAUCUAUCUCCUAUCUAUCUCAGUCUGUUCAUAUCUAUCUAUCUAUCUAUCUAUCUAUCUAUCUAUCUAUCUAUCUAUCUAUCUAUCUAUCUAUCUUCUAUCUAUCUCCAUCUAUUCUAUCUAUCUAUCUAUCUAUCUAUCUAUCUAUCUAUCUCAUCCAUCGAUAUCAGUCUCUUCGUAUCUAUCUAUCUAUCUAUCUAUCUAUCUAUCUAUCUAUCUAUCUAUCUAUCUCAGUCUGUUCAUAUCUAUCUAUCUAUCUAUCUAUCUAUCUAUCUCAGUCUGUUCAUAUCUAUCUAUCUAUCUAUCUAUCUAUCUAUCUAUCUAUCUAUCUCAGUCUGUUCCUAAUCUAUCUAUCUAUCUAUCUAUCUAUCUUCUACCUAUCUCAGUCUGUUCAUAUCUAUUUAUAUAUCUAUCUCAGUCUGUUCAUACCUAUUUAUAAAUCUAUCUCAGUCCAUCGAUAUCAGUCUCUUCGUAUCUAUCUAUCUAUCUAUCUAUCUAUCUAUCUAUCUAUCUCAGUCUGUUCAUACCUAUCUAUCUAUCUAUCUAUCUUCUGUCUAUCUCAUCUAUAUCUAUUUAUAUAUCUAUUUCAUCUGUUCAUACCUAUUUAUAAAUCUAUCUCAGUCCAUCGAUAUCAGUCUCUUCGUAUCUAUCUAUCUUCUAUCUAUCUCAGUCUGUUCAUAUCUAUUUAUAUAUCUAUCUCAUCCAUCGAUAUCAGUCUCUUCGUUUCUAUCUAUCUAUCUAUCUAUCUAUCUAUCUAUCUAUCUCAGUCUGUUCAUACCUAUCUAUCUAUCUAUCUGUCUAUCUCAGUCUGUUCAUAUCUAUCUAUCUAUCUAUCUAUCUAUCUAUCUAUCUAUCUAUCUAUCUAUCUAUCUAUCUAUCUCAUCUCUUCGUAUCUAUCUAUCUAUCUAUCUAUCUAUCUAUCUAUCUAUCUAUCUAUCUAUCUAUCUCAGUCUGUUCAUACCUAUCUAUCUAUCUAUCUAUCUAUCUAUCUAUCUAUCUAUCUACCUAUCUAUCUAUCUUCUAUCUAUCUCAGUCUGUUCAUAUCUAUUUAUAUAUCUAUUUCAGUCUGUUCAUACCUAUUUACAAAUCUAUCUCAGUCCAUCGAUAUCAGUCUCUUCGUAUCUAUCUAUCUAUCUAUCUAUCUAUCUAUCUAUCUAUCAUCUAUCUAUCUAUCAUAUAUCUAUCUAUCUCAGUCUGUUCAUUCUAUCUAUCUAUCUAUCUAUCUAUCUAUCUAUCUAUCUAUCUCAGUCUGUUCAUAUCUAUCUAUCUAUCUAUCUAUCUAUCUAUCUAUCUAUCUAUCUAUCUAUCUCAGUCUGUUCCUAAUCUAUCUAUCUAUCUAUCUUCUACCUAUCUCAGUCUAUUCAUAUCAAUUUAUAUAUCUAUCUCAGUCUGUUCAUAUCUAUUUAUAUAUCUAUCUCAGUCUGUUCAUACCUAUUUAUAAAUCUAUCUCAGUCCAUCGAUAUCAGUCUCUUCGUAUCUAUCUAUCUAUCUAUCUAUCUAUCUAUCUAUCUAUCUAUCUAUCUAUCUAUCUUCUAUCUAUCUCAGUCUGUUCAUAUCUAUUUAUAUAUCUAUUUCAGUCUUCCUAUCUAUCUAUCUAUCCAUCGAUAUCAUCUUCGUCUCUAUCUAUCUAUCUAUCUAUCUAUCUAUCUCUAUCUAUCUAUCUUCUCUAUCUCAGUCUGUUCAUAUCUAUUUAUAUAUCUAUCUCAUCUAUCUAUCUUAUCCAUCGAUAUCAGUCUCUUCGUUUCUAUCUAUCUAUCUAUCUAUCUAUCUAUCUAUCUAUCUCAGUCUGUUCAUACCUAUCUAUCUAUCUAUCUAUCUAUCUAUCUAUCUAUCUAUCUAUCUAUCUAUCUCAGUCUGUUCAUACCUAUCUAUCUAUCUAUCUAUCUAUCUAUCUAUCUAUCUAUCUAUCUAUCUCUAUCUAUCUAUCUAUCUGUCAUCUCAGUCUGUUCAUAUCUAUCUUCUAUCUAUCUAUCUAUCUUCUAUCUCAGUCUGUUCAUACCUAUCUAUCUAUCUAUCUAUCUACCUAUCUAUCUAUCUUCUAUCUAUCUCAGUCUGUUCAUAUCUAUUUAUAUAUCUAUUUCAGUCUGUUCAUACCUAUUUACAAAUCUAUCUCAGUCCAUCGAUAUCAGUCUCUUCGUAUCUAUCUAUCUAUCUAUCUAUCUAUCUAUCUAUCUAUCUAUCUAUCUAUCUAUCUCACCCCCACCUUUAUUUUUAUCAACUCGCCUUGUCUUCAGAAAUUUCUCCCCCCGCCGUAUUCUCAUUAUCUUUGCACCUUUGCCUCGACACAUCCCUUUCAUUCCACUCUUUCUUUAAUACCCACAUCAUCGCCUAAAGUUCCAGAUCUAAAUGUCAUUCUAUUAACCUGCGGCCAUCUGCCAAUGGGGUCUUUCCCGCCUACACCAAAUGUCCCGACGAAUAUUCCCGCCAAAACUAACUUCCCCGCGGGCGCUGCCGGGGGCCUUUUACCUUCGGGGACUCUCAUCAUAUACAUUCAUCAGUUCAUAUCUAUCUAUCUAUCUAUCUAUCUAACCUAA